UCGCAGGCACUAUCGGCAGGCAGGCAAAGUAGUUUUUUUUCAGUUGAUGGAAAGUACCUUUCACGAGAGCGCGCGCGUAAUUAAUCCGAAUCCGAAAGCCAAUCUUAUCCAUUCGUCAGAUGAAAAGUGUGACUCACGUCAGCAGUUGACACAGUGUGUGAUCGAUCGUUCGCGGCAAAGAUCGGAAAGAAAGAUUCACGGUUCACCGUGUCAGCACACGAUGUUGUGUGACGUCAGGUGCAGGAACUUCCACCACUUGAAUGAAGAAGCGAUAAGCGAUUGACUCGCCCGUCGCCAGUAUCACACACCGCACCGAGCUCGACUCGACUCGACUCCAGAGUAGUUGCUGUCCAAACAAAACUGUAAACAAAGCUAGUCAUUCACAAAUUCACGGGCAUCGGGAGCAGAAGAUGAUUCUACGCACCGUGCUACUACUGAUGGCCCUUUUCGGGGGUCACCCAAGCAUGACCCAAAGUAUUCUUCGCCUAGAGGAGCAACGGUUCGAAGGCGACCCGUGUCCGCUGCGAAACGGGAGCACUGGCAUCUGUCGCAAAGCGUCCCAGUGCCGGGGAAGUAUCCGAGCGAAGGAACUGCACUGCGAAUUCAGCGGCUACGAUGCGGUUAUCUGUUGUGCGCUCGCUCCGAAUGCGACAUUCGAUUCUUCGGCCCGCGUAGUACAGACUGCUUGUAGCACCGUGCGCAGGACAGAAGUCCGCAUUGCGGAGCACGCCGUGGGCGUUGUGACCGAAGCCCGAGUGGGCGAGUUUCCCUUUAUGGGCCUGGUCAGCUACGACGACGAGCGGACGCGAUGUGGAGCGGCGCUGAUUUCUGAUCGCUUUCUGCUGACGGCUACGCAUUGCUUCAAGAACGUUAAACCCACUGCGGUUCGCCUGGGAACGAACCAAGCGGACGAUCCAAUGGCUGACAGUUAUGCGAUUGCAAAAAUACAUCGGCACAGGGGGUACACCCAGCAGACGAAACAAGAUGACAUCGCCCUCAUUGAACUGCGGAGCCCGGUUACGAUGAACGCACAGGUUCAACCGAUUUGUCUACACACAUCGCUGAUCGAUCUUCCGGAGACAACGAAUUUGACCCUGAUGGGAUGGGGUCGAGAUAACGCAGACAACCUACCCAACGCUUUGCUGAAGGGGGCCGUUAAUCCGGUGUUGCGAAGCACCUGCCAAGCACGGUACACGGCCGGUGGCCGUGUGAUCAGACUAACUGAAAAGCAGAUGUGUGCACUCGGAGAGCUUAAUCCCGACGGGUUAGCGACCGACGCUUGCGAAGGAGACUCCGGUGGUCCGCUGGUACUACGCGACGACAAUAGGUACUAUCUGGUUGGGCUGGUAUCCUACGGGUCCGGAUGUGGGGACGAUAAGUAUGCGGGUAUCUACACGCGAGUGGCCAGCUACCUCGACUGGAUCAUCGAGCGGGUGUGGAAGAGUUAGAGCGAUAAUUUGGCGGAUAGCAGUCUGAGCGUUGGGGAGAAGAAGAUGAGUGUCGUAACCAAGAGAUUAUGUUAAACUAAAGUAAUAA